CCGCCGAUGCGUGCGAGAUCUAACGCCUCUUGCGAGACAUGGAAUGUAAGAUGACUGUAGCUGGCGCUGUCCUGGCAGCUACAGCUGUAGGACUUGCUGAUCAGGGAAGCGGACGCGCGAAGUGCUGAGCACACACCCACGCCUGUGGCGCGUCGUUGCCAGGGCGGCGAAUGUGAAUCUCGUGCUUUGGUAUGGCCAGAGCACCUAGACAGGGCUAGCUAGCUGCUGCACAAGCUCUUCCGGACGCCUCCAAGUGAUGCUCGGAACGAAAAGACGCAAUCAAAGAAUGUCCAUGCAGCUGCUGGGGGUUGGUGCAGGCAGCGCGAUGGGUGCGAUCUGUGAGCGCGCGCACAGACCCUUGCUGAUGCCCGACGCUCAAGUCACGACUCGAACACCGUCGGGGUAUUGUGCUCGACAGCAGCUAGCUUACAGCUUGGAUGACGUGGAUGCCGUCUGAUGAGGCAAGAGUUCGACCAUGCUGGCAGGAUGAUGAAGAAGGGAGCGAUCGAGAUACCAAUGAAGGCUUGUGAGGGCGGAUGGAUGAUCAGUGGGGCAAGAGAACAGUGCCGCUUGCUAGCUGUCAGAGGCGCGGCGGAGAAGAGCUGGAUAAGGAGGUGGACAGGAGCGACUAAUAGACCCAGCACGACUAUAUCGCGGUAAACAUGCAUCCACAAUCUCCUGAGACAAGUGCGAAUCCAGGGAUUGAGUUGUGACUCACAUUCGUGUUUCGUUGACGAUCUUGCUGUGACUUCGUCUUGCCUGCAUCGCUGUGAGCAAGCUACGUCUUAGUCCACAGCUGCUGCCCGCAUCGAUCGGCUCCAUUUGUGAUCAAUGGUCGUAGAGCGGCUUCGAGUGCGCUGCGUGGUCUGGACGUAGACCGCGCCCAGAGAUGCGUCAGUCGACUUACGACUGGACCUUGACGAGCAACGACCCAAGGCUCCCACAAUGCCCGAAACAUGUUCUUCUGGUUUUGCCUACACUCGUGACUAUGUCUCACACUCAUGUCGAGUCUGUCUUUGCAUAGAAGCGGCCAGCUGAGACCACCACCCCUGAGACGAGUCAAACAAUGUGAAGCUGCUGCUGCAUGGACUUCGAGCACAGCAGCAGCGCUGUGGGUAUAAUCGAUCGUGCAGCGGUGGGCUCAUAUCCGUCUCACCCAGGCUACCUCGCACGCGCGGAGAGGAGCAGAGCCGCGGGUGACGCUGCCUCUGC